AGCUUUGCUCACGAUAAUUCAUCCAGAUGCCCCCCUACGAGGUGGACGCCCGUACAAGAUAUGUACAUGGGAUACUGAGGAAAGCAGCAGACCCGUGGACAACAGAGUAUCAGCGGCAAUUCACUUGGAAGCUUCCUCUGCUACCUCUCACACAUGACGACGCAGUUCAAGUUCCGGAUCCAGACAUUGUUCCAAUUAAUCUGAAUGCUACAAAGCCUAUCCAGAAGACUGUUGCCAUCCAGGAAAAUGUCAGAGUCGAAAGCCCUCCGAAAACUGGAGGAGAAGGGAUUGAACGAUUGACGGAUGGUUCAGGAAGCAAGAACAACCAUGCUCCUGAAACUGUUGUAGGUCAAAAUGGAGCUGCAACUGGACAUGUGGAUGGAAGAAUAAGUGAAGAAGCCCCUGGGAAGGUCUUUCUUCAGCAGACCCUGUCAUCAACGCCAGCAACAUACAACACUUCAGUGCAUCCUCGCAGCAGUAUUCCAGACGAGCAAACACUCCUAGCGCUCAGGCGCUACCUGGCAAAACUGAAAAUGUCUCGAAAUGCCUGGACUACAGAGUACAAAAGAGAGUUUAUUGACUGGACACCGAUAAUAAAAAAGUUCGGAGAUCCGUAAUAUUUACAGUAUUUUCCAUAAUCAUCGUUCAUCGGCACAGCAGCUCCUGCACUGGUUUCACGUGAUCAUGAU